UGUUGCGGCCGCUCGCUCUACAGCAGUGGAAGAGGCUGCAGUACAAUUCAGCGAAAACAUGACAGACGACGAUAUUGUGAUAAGCGGUUUCUCCGGACACUUCCCGCAAGCUGAUGAUCCGGGCGAGUUCAAGGAAAAACUCUACGCGAAUGUCGACUUCGUUACAGACGAUGAGGCUCGUUGGCCUCGAGGAUUUCUGGGAUUACCGGCAAGAAUGGGCACCAUCCGUGACCUGACCCGCUUCGACGCCCAGCUGUUCGGUGUCAACCCGAAGCAGGCGCACCUCAUGGACCCCCAAGUUCGCCUCCUGCUGGAGACCUCGUACGAGGCCAUCGUGGACGCAGGCUAUGAUCCCGCGACACUGCGGGGUCGCAAUGUGGGAGUCUUCAUAGGCUGUACCGCGUCUGAAUCCGACGAAGCAUUCAGCGUGAACGCGGACAGAAUAGACGGCUACGGGCUGGCCGGCAGCAACCGAGCGAUGUUCGCCAACCGCAUUACCUACGCAUUUGAUUUCAAUGGUCCGAGCAUCACGGUGGACACAGCGUGCUCAUCGACACUGUCGGCCCUUAAUCAUGCCGUGUUGGCUAUGCGUUCUGGGCAGUGCGAGGCAGCCAUUGUAGGUGGAAGUACUGUUUGCCUCAAACCUGCUAUGUCACUAAGCUACCUGCGUCUAGGUAUGCUGUCAGCGGACGGAAAGUGCAAGUCAUUCGACGCACAAGGCAAUGGCUACGUCCGAAGUGAAACCGUGGGCGCCUUUUUCGUUCAACGAGCCCACCAAGCUCGCCGAAUCUACUCGAAAGUAAACCACGUCAAGAUUAACGCCGAUGGUCACAAAACUACAGGAAUAAUGGUUCCAUCGGCAAAACUGCAAGAGAAGCUUUUUCGGGAGGUGUACGCUGAAGCCAACGUUGACCCAAGCAGCGUGCUUUACCUAGAAGCUCAUGGCACGGGAACUAAGGUGGGCGACCCGACCGAGUUAGCCGCCGUGAGCAGUGUUUUCUGCAAACCAGAAAGAGCUGGACCCCUGAAGAUAGGAUCUGUGAAGAGCAAUCUUGGUCACACCGAAGCAGCUGCUGGCAUUUGUUCCUUGGCCAAAGUUAUUUUGGCGAUGGAGACUGGCACGAUUGCUGCAAAUCUGCACUUUAAUGAGCCAAACCCUGACAGUCCAUCUCUGCAAAAUGGUACUAUUGAAGUUGUCGACAAGCCGACGCCCUUCCCAGGAGGCCCGGUUGGCGUCAAUUCCUUUGGUUUUGGAGGCGCCAACGCACACGCGAUUCUGGAACCAAUACCUGGGUAUCACGUGAAUGACAUUGCACGUGAUAAGCCAGAGCUGCCGAGACUUGUUCUUGUGGCCGGCAGAACAAAAUAUUCGCUUGAGCGAACUAUGGACCGGGUGGGUGCCGAGGGACCCUACCCGGAUUCCGCGUACGCUCUGAUAAACCUUGUUGGCCAACCAAGUGUAACGCAGUUUCCAUUACGAGGCUACCUCUUGGUCCCCGUGGAUGGUUCCGGAAAAGAAGUCAUCAAAGCCGCGGCUGAAGCUCAGUCGACGAAGCGGCCCCUGUGGUUUGUUUUCUCUGGAGUUGGAUGUCAGUGGAAAGGCAUGGCACAGCAGAUGAUGCAUUUUGACUUGUUUGCACGCUCCAUCCAGAAGUCGCACGCGCUCCUCAGGCAAUUUGGCAUUGACCUCAUAGACCUGGUAACUUUCGACAACGAGGAUAAGGCCGUGGCAUCCCUCUGCGGAUGUAUUGCAGCUAUUCAGGUGGCACUCGUGGAUGUGCUGUUCGCUUUGGGAAUUAGGCCAGACGGCAUGGUGGGCCACUCGCUAGGAGAGAUCGGCUGCAGCUAUGCCGACGGAUGCCUCACAGCCGAGCAGACCAUACUGUCGGCCUACUGGCGAGGCCACUGCGUCGACAUGGGCAACCUGCCUAGAGGGGCUAUGGCCGCCGUCGGUCUCUCGUGGGAGGAGGCUACAAGACGCUGUCCAGACGGCGUGCAGCCAGCUUGCCACAACGCAGAGGAUUCAGUUACGGUGUCCGGAGCAGCUGAAGCAGUAGCCAAGUUUGUCCAAGAGCUAAAAGCUGAAAGCGUGUUCUUGCGAGAGGUGGACAGCUCAGGCAUCGCCUUUCACAGCAAGUACAUGGAGAGCGUCAGACCGGCAUUUCUGGAAGCCAUGCAAAAGAUCAUUACGGAACCGACGCUCCGCGGCAAGGGUUGGUUGAGCACUUCACUGCCACCACACCGCUGGCACGAGUCUCUUGCUCAGAGGUGCACACCAGAGUACCAUGCAAACAAUAUUGUAUCCCCUGUGUUUUUCUUCGAAGCUCUGCAACGCGUUCCCAAGGACGCCAUCUUGGUUGAGGUUGCACCGCACUGCCUACUGCAGUCGGUGUUGAGACGCUCAGUUGGCGCGGACGCCACAUGCCUUGGCCUGAUGAAGCGGGACGCGGACAACCUGAGCUUCUUCCUCAACUCUUUGGGCCAGCUGCACUCGCUGGGCGUGAAGUUUGAUCCAUCUCCGCUGUACCCGCCAGUGCCCCUGCCUGUACCACGUGGCACUCCGAACAUCGCGCACCUCGUCAGCUGGGACCACUCUCAGCAAUGGACCGUCGCCAAAUGGAACGAUUUUGCUACGUCGGCCCAGCUUUCCGAAGAAGUCAUAGAAGUUGAUCUCGACGACCACGAACGAGACGCAUACUUGGCUGGGCAUCAAAUUCAAGGCCGCGUUCUGUUUCCGGCGACCGGCUACAUAGUGAUGGUCUGGAAGUCCCUGGCGAAGCGCUUUGGGAAGCCAUUUGACAAGCUUCCAGUAAUACUCGAAGAUUUAACAUUUCACCGUGUCGUCAUUCUGCCUAAGACGGGUACCGUGCGGUAUCUCAUGAACAUCAUUCGAACAUCGGGGGAGUUCGAGAUCUCGGAGGCAGGAACGGUGGUCGCGAGUGGCUCCAUUCGUCUGGCUGCGGAGAACGAGACGGUCCUUGACGAGGAACUGGGCACGCCAACCGACACGCUGGCCUACGAGCUCGACGCCGAAGAUAUCUACAAGGAGUUCCGGCUGCGUGGCUACGAGCACCACGGUGUUUUCCAGGGCAUAAAAAAUGCUGACAUACAUAGACCAUGCGGCAAGCUCAAGUGGGACGGCAACUGGGUGUCAUUUAUUGACUCCAUGCUCCAGGCGGCCCUUCUUUCCAGCUCAAAGAGAGUCUUCAAGCUUCCGGCGAGGAUCCAUUCAUGCCGCAUCGACCCCAAUGUCCAUGCCACUGUCGUUGAGAAAGCUCAAGAGAGCGGCAUAGACUUCGUCUACGACGUCUCCUUCAACAUGUGUCAAGCUGGAGGCGUAGUUGUGCAAGGAUUAAAGACAAGCAUCCCAUUAAAGCGCACCGUAGAUAAUACGCCCAUUGUAAACGAAUACAGGUUUAUACCCUACAUAGACAACGAGUUGAGUCAGCAAAAGAGGCAAGCUUGCAUUCAAGAAUACAUCGACAUCUGCAAUGGCCUGGCCGCACGUGUUCUCAAGAACCUCAGCAACAAUGAGCAUAGUAUCUCUGAACUUAAGGAACAGAAUCACCAUGUUCCCGAAAAAAUUCUUCGAAGGCUUUUAGAUAAUAACGCCGAGAACCAUGGCCUUUUGAGGGUCCUUGCCACAGUAGAGGAGCAGGUCAAAAUUUCCGCUUCGUCAUCGGAGGAAAUCAUCCAAUCUGCAGUGGAGACCUACAAAAAGGACAUUGAAACUGACAUUCUUAUGACAGCACUGUUUGAAGAGGAUCCCUUUAGGCACCUCCUUGACGUGGUCGUGGAGAACACCAGCCUAAAGUCGUUUCAGGUUCUUGAAGUGGCAGCCCCAGGAGCUCACUCCAUCUUGGCUCCCCGAGUGUCUUCGUUGUUGAACAUGAGCAAUAUGCUCCUAAAUAUCGACUACACUCUGGCUCACCAUCCUAUGGAUAAGGUCAAUCCAGAUAAUGUCCCACAAGGCACCAAAAUAGUACAGUGGGAUCCCAUAUCAGAUACAUGUGAACGACUGCACGAUGCUCACCUGGUUGCCACCUGCCUCUCCCCGUGGAGUUCACACAGCAUCGAUGUUUUGAUUGACAAGCUCUCGAAGCUGUGCAAAAAACAAGGCUUUGCCCUCGUGUUCCAACGUACCGCUAUGACACCGGCAGAAAGUCUCAUAUCGUCCGUUGGAAUGUGUGACUUUAGAUUGCACACGAUUGAAAGAAUUGAAUCAUUGUUCCGGUCGCAUGGGCUCAAGCUGGUUGGCCAAAAGUCAAACAACAUUUCUGCACUACUCUUGUUUAGAAAAACGGCCGCAACAGCUCAGGUAGCUAAGCCGUUCCUCCUGAGGGUGAGCAGUGCAAAAUAUGACUGGGUGGAGGUACUUAAGGCCAAGGCUCCAGAAGUGGAACAAAAACCAGCAGGCCAUAAUCUCUGGCUGCUCGCCGAAGACUGCGGUAUCAGUGGUGUGGUUGGCUUGACAAACUGCCUACGCCUGGAGACCGGUGGAAGCCACAUUAGAUGCCUGUUCAACGCAAGCUUCAAUGAAUCGGACGAAGUUGACUUCAGCCCGAGAAACCCAGACUACCACGAUAUACUGGAGAAAGACCUUGUCAUGAACAUCUACCGCAACGGGCAGUGGGGAUCCUUCCGACACAGAAGCCCACUCAAACGUGGUGCUCCGAAAAUUCCCGCAGAGGUUGCCUGCCUAAACGUAGAAAUGCGCGGUGACUUGUCCAGCCUACAGUGGUACGUGUCACCCCUGCGCUACGCUCUCUCCUCCACUUCAACUACCAAAGCCAUCUGCACAGUGUACUACGCUCCCCUCAACUUUCGUGACGUCAUGCUCGCCACUGGUAAACUUCCAUCUGAUGCUCUGCCUGGAGAUCUCGCCACUGCUGACUUCCUCCUUGGCGUGGAAUUCUCUGGCCUUGACAACCAUGGACGCAGAGUCAUGGGUCUUCUGCCAGUCCAGGGCUUGGCGACUGCCGUGGCUGUGGAUCCAAGUGUAUUGUGGGAAGUGCCGGAAGCAUGGAGCCUUCAGCAAGCAGCCACCAUACCCAUGGCGUAUGCCACAGCCUACUACGCCCUUCUCGUGCGCGGGAACUUGCGUCCUGGAGAAUCCGUGCUGAUCCAUUCGGGAAGUGGAGGCGUCGGACAGGCGGCCAUUUCCAUCGCGCUAUCCAUGGGAUGCAUCGUCUUCACCACCGUCGGUUCUAAUGAGAAGCGAGAAUAUCUGAUUCGCCGCUACCCAAAGUUGGAAACAAGAAACAUCGCCAAUUCACGGAAUGUCUCCUUCGAAAAACAUGUGCUUCGAGAAACCAAAGGAAGAGGCGUGGACAUCGUGCUGAACUCGCUGGCAGAAGACAAGCUGCAGGCCAGUGUUCGCUGCCUCGCGACACAUGGCCGCUUCCUGGAGAUUGGAAAAGUCGACCUCUAUAAUGACUCCCAAUUAAAAAUGUCUGUGUUCCUGAAGGGCGUUACUUUCCACGGGGUCUUGCUGGAGCUGCUACAUGGCGACGACGCCAUCGCAGUUGAAGAAAGGCAUCGGGUCGCAGAACUCAUCCGCAGUGGCAUCGCAUCGGGUGCCGUGAGGCCACUUGAUGCUGUAGUGUUCCCACGUGACCAAGCCGAGGAUGCCUUCCGAUUUAUGGCCUCAGGAAAACACAAAGGCAAAAUUAUGCUCGAGAUCCAGCCGGAGAAAACCCUGCAGGAAAAUUCAGUGCCCAGGCUGCUCAUUGUCGAGGCCACGGCGCUUACCUGGUUCUACGGGCACAAGUCGUAUGUCAUCACUGGUGGCCUCGGUGGUUUCGGCCUCGAGCUGGCUGAGUGGAUGGUGAACCGCGGAUGCAGGAAGCUUCUUCUCACCACCCGGUCAGGAGUGCGCACAGGCUACCAGCGGCUUUGUCUGCAUCGAUGGCAAAAAGCUGGAGCAAAGGUCAUUGUGAGGAAGAUCGACGCCUCUGAGGAAGACGGCGCACGAAAGAUUAUCGAAGAAGCUACAGCUAUGGGACCCAUAGGAGGCAUAUUCGUCCUUGCUGUGCUGCUCCGCGAUGGGCUUCUUGAAAACCAGACAGCCGAGUACUUUGAGACAGUAUUCAAAAUCAAGAUUGAUGGCACCCGACACCUGGAUGAACUCUCCUGCAAGAUGUGCCCGGAACUGGACCAUUUCGUCUGUUUCUCAUCACUCGCCUCCGGUAUGGGCAACGUGGGGCAGACAAACUACGGCUACGCUAACUCUGCAAUGGAACGCAUCUGCGAGCUUCGUGCUGCUCGUGGGCUGCCCGGGCUCGCUAUCCAGUGGGGUGCCAUCGCUGAUGUCGGUGUGUUCCACGAGAUAAUGGGUGACGACGCCACUAUCGCCGGCACAACGCCCCAGCGAAUAAGCUCGUGCAUCACGUUGAUGGACCAGUUUUUGAACCAGAAUCAUCCUGUCGUUUCGAGUUGCGUCAAGGCUGAUCUAUCCACGGAGGGCGACAGCAACAAGUGCGACCUCGUCGCGGUGAUUGCACGAAUUCUCGGCGUCAAGGAUCCCGCAAGCCUCAACCAUGCCAUUUGCUUCAGCGAACUUGGCAUGGACUCUCUUAUGGCUGUCGAAGUGAGGCAGGCAAUCGAGCGAUACAUCGGCCUUACACUAUCCAUGCAGGAGAUCCGGCAACUGACCAUGAAUGUGCUGCAGAAAUUGAACGAGAGCACCAGAGCCAACUAGACAGCCUAUGGAUAACACGACAAAGUUUGUAUGAAGUGGACCCUAAAAAUAUCGCAUGCAACAAUAUUAUGCCAGAAUAUUCGACAUUGAUUCAUAUUGGUUUUCCUAUGAAAACUUUCAUUAUGGUAACGCGAACACUUUCGGCCUCUUACUUCUUAUGUUAAUGUUCUCACACUACGGACAUGCACAGCUAAACGCUCCUACUUCACUUGGACAAUGCCUUUUGGCAUUGGCUAUAAGCGCUGUCAUUGAUUUUUUAUCACACGGACGCUAUUACAAGUGGAGGGUGUGCAAACUCAAGACCAUUAGUAUACGUUCACAAAAAAAGAUAUGUUUUGUGCAUGCAGACCCACUUCUGGUCUUUAGGCUUUGAUGCGCGUGCGUAAUUGAAUGUUUCGAAAAAUGGCAAUGUGGAGGCUUUACUUCACCACGGCGCAUUACACCGUGCAUCUGGAUCUCACGACCAGGUUGCUCUGAAGGCUCCUUCAAGAGAAUGAAUAAAUUGCAUUUUAAGAGCUCA